AGAUAUUUUAGAUGUAAUCUGAAAGCUCAUUCACAUGUAAGAACAAUAACUUUAAAAACAUCCUCAAAACAGACCAAACUUUUGAAUAAAGUCAUUAUUUUUGUUUUACGUCCCCACAAAAAUAUUCUCAGACCUGGAAAAUAUUGAGAUUUGAUUUUUGUGUUUUUGAAUGAGUCUGGAACCUGAAUGAGAGAGCUCUAGAUUUCAUCUAAAAUAUCUUAAUUUCUGCUAACAAACAACGGUCUCAGGGCUUAAAAAAUUACUUGAACUAAACCUUUAAAGUUUAUAAUGAGUGUGCACUAGAUUUAUAUUUUCCAUUUUCAAAUAAAUCUGUCCAUUAUAGCUUAGAGCAAAUCAAUCUGGGCAUUACAGCUCUGAACCUGCAUUUUGGCAUUCUUAUUAUUCAAUGGGCAUUUGGCAUCAUUAUAAAAAUUUGAGUUUUCUUCCCCAUAGCUCCACCCUUCUGUGUCAAUAUGACUCUGAAAUAUCCCACUCACCAUAGAAACACACCCCUCCUUCCUUGAUCUCAACAUCUCCUGCUAAUUCCUCUUGCUUGCCUUUUAGUAAGCUUAACAUUAGUGUGGACACAAAUUAAAACAGGAAUAAUGCCACUGCGGGCAAAUUUUAUUUUCAUCAUUCUUCUGUUUUUUGGGAUGGCAUUGAGUGGGCUCAUUUACCUGAGCACAAACGUGAGAAGCUGCAAUCAAGAGCUCAUGGAACAGGUUUUUGCAACAUCCGUGGCAAAACCAAAUACCCUUGAAAGCCAGAGAAGUUUAAAAACAUCUCCAGGGUUUCAGUACAAACAGCCCAGUUUGCUAGCAGGUCGGGCAGAUGUUGUUUCUUUAUCACCAUGGCUAGCCCCUAUCAUUUGGGAGGGAACCUUUAACCCCACGCUGAUUGAUUCUAUCUACAAGCAACAUAACAUCACCAUUGCCACCACUGUCUUCGCUUUGGGAAAAUACACGCGUUUUCUCAAAGAUUUUCUGGAGUCAGCGGAGGAGCAUUACUUUGUUGGAUUUGGAGUCCAUUAUUACCUGUUCACGGAUCAGCCUGAAGCAGUUCCUGAAGUAAAGAUGGGUAAAAACCAUCGUUUGACAGUCAGAAAGGUCCCAAGUUUGGACCGAUGGCAGGACAUAAGUAUGGGCAGGAUGGAGAUACUGGAAAAACUAAUAGCGGAUGAACUGAUGCAUGAAGCCAACUAUAUAUUCUGCCUUGACGUGGAUACGAAGUUCUAUGGCCGCUGGGGAUCAGAGACUUUGGGUAAUCUGGUAGGUGUGAUUCACCCUUGGCUUUUUGAUUAUCCAAGGGAAUCAUUUACAUACGAGCGAAGACCAGAGUCUAAAGCAUUUAUUCCGGUUGGGGAAGGGGAUUAUUAUUACACUGCUGCUGCAUUUGGUGGCACAUUAGAGGAAAUACAUCGUCUCACCAAAACCUGCCGCGAGCAGCUGAACGCUGAUCAUGAAAACUCCAUUGAGGCAAUAUGGCAUGAGGAGUCUCACUUAAACAAGUAUUUCCUUUACAACAAACCCACUAAGCUGCUGUCACCUGAGUAUCUGUGGCGGGACAUCAACAUAAGUGCAGGACAAAUAAAAAUUAUUCGCUUCUCUCAUGUGGCUAAAAACAAUGCAGAGGUUCGUCCAAAUGCAUGACAUAUGUUGUGAAUCUGUCAACAAGCAAAUCUAACAACAGGGACUUUGCAUCUACAACAUAAAUCACAGACGUACAAACAUGAAUGUAAUGUUUGUAUGUAGCAACAGAAGCUUUUUGAAUGACCACAUAAAAUUGGUAACAUUGUACAAUACUCUCCAUUGUUAUAUUGUCCAGUCAAAUAGUCUAGAAUUACUAAAGUCACUGACAACCCUUUGUUUUAUUUUUUUAGCGAGAUGAGGUAGGUGGUUUAGAAAGCAAACCAGCUACAGGUAGGUCUGAUCUGAAUCUGAAAUCAACUAAAAUUGUCUUUUCUGGGUACUCUACUGCAUAAAUAUAAUUGUAUUUUUAUAGCAUUAUCUUAUUUAUAAUUACUGUAUGUAAGAUUGCACUUAUCUUUCUGUAUGUUAUAGUGUAUACUGUAAAACAAGCAUUAUGGACGCAUUGACAGCAAAAAAGUUUAUACACUUGUAGAAAAGUCAGAAUAUUUACAAAUAUAUUUCUAUGUUUUAUAUAACCGUGUUUAUAGCAUAAAUAUUAUAUGUAAUUUAACAUUAUUAUUGAGCCAAUAAUGUCCCCCGAAUUUUUGCCAUUGCAACUUUUUUACAAUGAUAAAUCAUAAUGUGUGGAUAACUGUGUUGUGUAAAGAGCAACGACAUUAAACAUAUUCAGUUGAUGUCACUGGUUAAAUACAAUUAUCUCAAAUCAUUUACUUUUUUUGUUUAAUUUUAUGCACACCCAAGAUGUUUCUAAAUGUGUUCAAUUUAUGAUGAUGUGUAUGUUAAAACUCUAUAUAUUUGUUGUUCAAAAAUGUAUGUGUAUAAUUAUUAACAUUGCUAAAGAGGACACAUUAUAUUUCUUGAGGUUGAUGGAUUUUUCAACGAUACUGUCAAAUUGUAAUAUAUAGAUACUUUUUAAAUGAGAAGUAUUUUUCUACCACUUAGUAUUCAGGCAAAUUAAAUCUUUAAAGAAAAACUA